AUGUUCGAUUUUCUCAACUAUCGUCGUUUCUCAAUUCCAACUAUUGUCGCGAUUUUUGUCAUUUUAAACGACUACUGCUUCUGCAUGAGUUCAGAAUCAGUGAAUGCGACUCUUGACAGUACUUUCUCCUCGGCUGUAGCUACGUGGUAUGGGAGUCCUACGGGUGCUGGAAGUGGGGGGGCUUGUGGUUUUGCAGAUGAUGUAGCAAAUUACCCCUACCAAGGAUACGUUGCUGCAGGAAAUAACAAUUUAUUCAAAUCGGGAAAGGGUUGUGGUACUUGUUAUCGGGUAAAAUGCUAUCAAAAUCGAGCAUGCUCAGGAUAUCCAAUUCGUAUAACAAUCACAGAUGAGUGUCCUGGUGCCUGUAACAAUGAUGCAAUUCACUUCGACUUAAGUGGAAAAGCUUUUGGAUCCUUAGCAAAGCCCGGGAAAGCUGACACAUUACGAAACACUGGAAGAAUCAAUAUUCAAUAUCAAAGGGUACGAUGCUACUAUCGUGUUGGUAUACGAUUUAAGAUCGAUACGGGCUCGAACCCUUACUACUUGGCUUUUGCUGUUGAAUACGUUGGUGGAGAUGGUGACAUUGGUCUGGUUGAGUUAUUACCUUCGAACGCAAGGGGUAGAUGGCUGGGCAUGCAGCAGUCCUGGGGGGCAACAUGGAAAGCAGAUAUACCUGUCGGAACAAAAGGCCCUUAUUCUGUGAGGAUAACGACACUUCAGUCCAAGAAAACAGUUGUAGCACGCAGAGUGAUUCCAGCUGAUUGGGCACCGGGAAAAUACUAUGGAUCUAGGGUUAACUUUAAAUAA